CUUUCAUUAUCAAACUCAAAUAUUCCAUUACUCUUCUCUUCUCUCUUAAUUCCCCCAAUCUUCAAAUUAUAUUACAUAGACUUAGAUAAGCCUCCGAUAACGAGUCCAUCCUUCUUGCCUUUUUGAAGGAUUUUGAUUUUAUGCAACCAACAAAGAGAUGGGUAGAAAAGGAAAUUGGUUAUCAUCAAUGAAGAAAGCUCUCCAUACUGAGACAAUGGAGAAGAACAACCAGAAAACAGGAAUGUCAAAAAAGAAAUGGUCUAGGAAGAAAAAGCGACCGAGUUGUAGCACAACACCAGCAGAAUCUGCUCCUCCAACAACAUUACCGACUACAGUUACUCAUCAUGUUCUUAAAGAACCAGAAAAAUUGAGUGUGUCAGAUAAAGAACAGACCAAACAUGCCUAUAAUGUGGCUCUAACUACUGCUAAAGCUGCCGAGGCUGCUGUUUUUGCUGCUCAGGCUGCUGCUGAAGUCAUUUGUUUAACUGCUGCUCCUCCUGCUUCUGCUCCUGUUUCUGCUGGCAAGUCUAAGGAGGAAAUUGCAGCCCUCAAGAUUCAAACUGUUUUUCGAGGAUAUAUGGCUAGGAGAACAUUACGAGCUUUACGAGGAUUGAUGAGGCUGAAAACAAUGAGGCAAGGACAGGCAAUAGAACAUCCUGCAGCAAAUAUUCUAAAAUCAAUGCAAGCAUUAGCACGCGUGCAGACACAGGUGCGUGAGAGUAGACAGAAGAUGGCUGAGGAAAAUCUAGCUCGACAGAAACAGAUUCAGCAAAAACAUACAAAAGAUCAAGCCAAGGAGCUCGAGAAAUCACAAGUGGGUAAUUCCGUCACAAUGAUUUUCAUUUUCUCGAGAAUAUAUAUUAUGCGGUUUUAUGUUUUUCAUUUUACUUGUAGUGAUGGCAGAAAGAUACACAGCAAAAUGGAGAUGGAAAUUGGGACAGCAGUGGAAAAACAAAGGAACAGAUAGAAGCAAAGAUGCAAAGCAGACGUGAGGCCACCAUUUGGAGAGAAAGAACUCUAGUUUAUGGAUUUUAACAAUCUUUACUGGGGCUGGUGCUGGUUAGAACGAUGGUUAGCUGCAAGACCAUGGGAAACUGCACUCCUCUUGACAAAGACUAGCAAUAAUAAUUCCCCUCGUAUUAAGACCUCAAAUUCUGGGGACAAGAUCACUAAAUGCUAUACUCGUCACACCACAAAACUGAAGGGCCUUUGCUGACAUCCAUUUCUGAACAACCCCGUUCAACUGCUGGGCGCUCGUCUACCUCUCAUGCUCCUUCAAAGCACACUGAAAAAACCCAAAGUUGAAAUCCUCGAUCCCAAGGCAAGUUCAAGAAUGAGCAUGUGGGGUACAGACGACGAUGCAAGAAGCAUACUAUUGGUGUAAAUUUAGAACAAUCAGUCAGGGAUGAUGUAGAGAGCCUAGCAAGUUCGCAGACUGUUCCGACUUACAUGGCUCCUACUGAAUCAGCAAAGUUUAGAUCACGAUUAGGAGGCGAUUCAAAGAGGGAAAGAAUGUCAUGCCUGACAGAAUGUCUGUUAAGAAAAGGGCUUCUCGGCCUGCUUCUCAUGCUAGAUCAAGGCGCUCGACUUCCUCCACUGCUGAUGCUAAUUCUAUCUCUUGAGUAUGCUUAGAAACCUUGUAACUAACUGCAACAUCCUGAUUCAUGCUUUAUAUUACCUGUUUGCUAUGGUGCUGUGAAAGUGUUUGCUUUUGGGUUAUUAGUUCUUUUAGCAUAGUCUACAGGUCUGUAAUUGUUUGUUAUACAUUGAUCAGCUUGUUUUACAUUAAGAAUAUAUAAUGCAUGAUGAUAUUGUAAUGAUCACUGUAAUCUUUCUGAUCUGAUUGAUAUACCAAGAAUACCGUUGAGAAUUCCA